UCUUGAUCAAGUUUCGGCUUUGUUUUUGUUGACGUGAACAGCAUUGAAGUGUUUUUAGAAAUUCUUAUGUACCAAGAAAAUUGUAAAAUUUUAGUAUUGAAUUGAGUAUUCAUUUCUUGAAUAAAUCUUCAAUUCCUUCAAUCAUUAGAAAAAAUUAAAACAUGGCACCACAAAAAGGGAAACAAGGAACAAAAGGUCAAAAGCAGAUUGUGGAAGAGAACAAGCAAACUUUAAAAUUUUAUGCCAUUAUGGCUGUAGGUGCUGAAGUGAUAUAUAAUGGCCUAAUGCUGACAGUAUUUUGGGAAUCUUUUACUGCAUUCUAUAUGUGUCUUGUAUUUUUUUCUAUCCUUGUAUUUGCUGGAAGUUUGCAAUUUAUGUGGUCCAUGGCCAAAGCUACAUAUUCUGAAACAGGGCAAUUAUUAGAUGGUGGAAUUGACUUGAAUAUGGAAGCUGGUUUUGCAGAGAACUUAAAAGAUUUAAUUAUACUAACUUCUAGUAUCUUGUGCCUGUCUUUGAUAUCCAAUUACUUUUGGCUGUUGUGGCUACUGGCCCCAGGUAGAGCAUUUUACAUGCUUUGGGUCAAUGUUUUGGCUCCUUGGAUUUUCAGCCCUGCACCAGAAGUGGAUGAAAAGAAGCAAAAGAAAUUAGAGAGAAAAGCCAAAAGACGAUGAUCUUAUUCUUUUUUUAAUCAAUCUAAUUUAUUUAUUUUUUUGUUAUAAAUUUUAUAAUUUUUUAUGAUCUUCCUAAAUAUUCCAAUCUGUUGUUUUUUUACUUCCUUGGAUUUUUUUUUUUUUCUACUAUGACUGUUAUUAUAGAAUCAGAAUUUUUAUUUUACUAUUGUGGUUUAUUAGGACUGUUUUUGUACUUCAGAGGGAAAACCCCAAAAAGAAUGUUAUUUAUUUCAAUUAUGGACUGAAUUAUAUUGAUAUUUUGUGCUCAUUUUCAUAUUUUAUGAAACUGAAGCUAUGAACUCAAUUGCAGUGUUUUAUAGAAGCUAUUUUUACAUUAAAAUAAUAAAGAUAUCAAUAAAGAA